GUGCGGGGCAGUCAGGAGUACACCUCUUGCUGCUCAACUAUAGCUUGUAAACAUGUAAAUAAUUCACAUUUCCUCUGCGGAUUUCUAAAUUAAGAUGUUCCCAUAGCUUGUAAAUGGUUAGUUUAAUACUCUCCUCCUGUUUUAACGGGUUUUUAAAGUCGUCUUUAAAAAUGAACCGACGCUGAGGGAGGAUAAAACCUGAAGAUGGCAGUAAAGCAGCUACCGUUAAAACACCCGAAGAAGACGAAACGCUAACAUAGCGGCUAGCUACUUUCAUUGGAAAAGAGUUGCCAACACAGAGGUGAACCAGCUUCACUCCUCCUCACACAGGCUGUCUGCCCUGCUCACAUAAAGCAGACAGAUAAUGAAGCGUCAGAGUAAUGUCCCCUUCAGUCCUUCAGCUCCAGUGUACAAACAGCCGCAGCCUGGAAGAAUACCGCUUGAAUUCAGAGAAGCCAUGAAACACAUCUCUGUGAAGCCAGCCGAAAGUUCAAACACCAGGACAGCUGACACGGUUGCUAAGACGCCGCCACCACCACCCCGGAAACGCGCAGCGAAAUCUUCUGCUGUUAAAUGGAAGUCUUCAUUCAAACCAGUGGGGGGAGAGGAAGAAGGAGAAGAAGACGACAACUCACCAGACAAGAGCAGUCCAGAAAGAGUUGAGCUUUAUAAUCCUUACGAUCCUGCCUCGUCAGACUCUGAGCACGAGAUGCCACAAUGCCAAGACCACAACCGCUCCCCAGCUGAUCAGGAUAACAACCUGGGACACCAGCAUCUCUCCCCAAGUAGAGGCUGCCGUGACAACCGCCACUGGGACUCAUCCUAUUCUGAGCCAGGGAACCGACCCCUCGACAGGCGUGACUUAAACCCUGAAACCAGACCCACUGAGUGUCGGAAUCUCAGUCCAGGUCGUAGACUGCCUGAACGAUGUGCUUUCAGCCCAGACGCUGAAUCACUUGUCCCUCCAGGUUAUGGCUCCAUGAGUAGACCUGUGGACCACAGAGUCCGCAGCCCUGACAGACUUAUUCACAGCUCCUCCACCCAGAGGUUCCCUGCAUCUUAUGCAGGACAGAGGACUAACGGGGAGGAGAUUAUACCAAUCGCAGAAUACAGGAGAGAGACCACUACCGUUAGAUUAUCUCCACCCAGGUUACAGCGGGACUAUCAGCAUCAGCCAGGAUACAUGAAAACAGGGCUGGGUGAACUCACACCUUCAACAGAGAAAAUAAGAAACGGGAGCAAAAAAAUAAUAAUGGACAAGAGCCCCAUCACCUGUGACCUUUGUGAAGUUGAGUUGGCCAAUGGCCAGGAGCUGCAGGAUCACUUAGAAUCCAAGACUCACUGGUUCACCCUGGAGCACAUCCAGCAGGAGAAUAAUUAUGAUGAUAUGGCUAUAGCCUUCCUGCAGGAGGUCAUGCUGUUUAAAAGCCGUCAGUGUAGCCGAGCUAUAGAGGGUAGUGUACUUCAAGCUCUCCAGGAAAAUGACCACAUGACAAAGAUUGAAAUUUUCCACUGUGCGGCUUGCAACAUCUUCUUAUCCACAUCUGCAGCCUCAGUGCAGACUCACAUUACCUCUCAGGAACACCUCACCAACACAAAGGAGUUUGAAGUGCAGCAGAGACGUACUUGCCUCAACAAAGCAGAAACCAUGAUGAAGGAGCUGAAACCUCAGUUUGAACACUUCCUGAAGGGUGGCAGCCCAUUUGAAUGACGGACAUACCGUUCACCCUGAGACACGGUUUGCUUCAGAUGAAGAGCUACAGACUUAAAACAGUUUACUUCAAUCACAACCACACUUUUGUGGCACCACUCGUACAGUAUUUUGCUAACAGCUCACUGUUUAUGUGGCAUUCAGGUUUUGUCUAAAUAAACUGAGACAAUGUGGAUUUUAUUGUA